GUCACUGCAAUGACGCUACAAACUGUCCUCUCGCGAGACGGAGCGCAGUUUCCCAGGCAGCAGUGUGGUGUGGUGUGUGCGCGAUAGAGACAAGGAAAGAUGGCGACGCAGGAGAGCGAAGCAACUAAAGCUACCGUGAGCAACGGCGAGGUGAGCAGCAAUGGGACCGCUGCAACAACAGAUGGCCAGGCUGUGCAGACAGCUGAAAAUGCACAGGAUCCUCAGCAGCAGCAACAACAGCAGCAGCAACAAGCACCUAAUGCGUGGCAGGUCAUUAAAGGAGUCCUCUUCAGAAUUUUCAUUAUCUGGGCGAUCAGCAGCUGGUUCCGUCGAGGGCCGUCCACUCCAGACCCCAACACACCAGCAGGGGCACCCAGAGUACCUAGCAGGAACCUGUUCCCCAAGGACACCCUCAUGGACCUGUACGUGUAUGUGUCCCAGGAGGAGGUGUUCUCCGACUUCAACAAUACAGAAGCCCUGUUCUGGUUCCACAGGGACCUGGUCUAUGGAGACUGGACCACUGGGGAGAGUGGGGACGGCUGUUAUGAGCACUAUAAGGAGAUGGACAUCCCGGAGAAAGUGCAGCAUAAUGGUUCCCUUUACAUGCACGUCUACUUCACUAAAAGUGGAUUCCACCCAGACCCCAAACGCAAGGGGCAGUAUCGCAGACUGGCCACAGUUCAUUCAACACGAAUGCUGAAUAAAUUCAAGCGAAGAAAGUUUAUGAAGACCAAGAAUCUGCUAACAGGAGAGACAGAAGCAGAUCCUGAAAUGAUCAAGCGAGCAGAGAGCCACGGUCCAGUUGAGAUUAUCUCUCAUUGGCACCCCAACCUCACCAUCAACAUGGUAGAUGACCACACUGCCUGGGUCAAAGGCUCUGUUCCCCCCCCUCUCGAUCAACAUGUUAAGUUUGAUGCAGUAAGUGGCGACUACUAUCCCAUUGUGUACUUCAAUGACUACUGGAACCUUCAGAAGGACUACUAUCCCAUCAAUGACACCCUGAAAACACUCCCACUGCGCCUCGCCUACUGCCCGCUAUCCUUAUGGCGUUGGCAGCUGUACGCUGCCCAAAAUGCACGGUCACCGUGGAACUUCCUGCCUGAGGACACCUAUGAGCAGUCUGAUGAGGACCAAGACUCUGUUAAGGUGGCCCUUUUGGAAACCAACCCGUACUUGCUGGGACUCACCAUUGUUGUCUCCAUUGUGCACAGCAUCUUUGAGUUUCUUGCCUUCAAGAAUGAUAUCCAGUUCUGGAACAGCAGACAGUCUCUGGAAGGCCUCUCUGUGCGCUCCAUCAUAUUUGGAGUCUUUCAGUCUCUGGUGGUGCUGCUGUACAUCCUGGACAAUGAAACUAACUUUGUGGUGCAGGUUAGCGUGUUCAUCGGCCUUCUUAUUGAUCUGUGGAAAAUCACCAAGGUCAUGGAUGUCAGGUUGGACAGAGAGAACAAAAUCGCAGGGGUGUUGCCAAGAUUGGUAUUCAAAGACAAGUCAACAUAUGUGGAGUCUUCAACCAAAAUCUACGACGAUAUGGCUUUCAAGUACUUGUCGUGGCUGCUCUACCCUCUGUUUGGCUGCUAUGCGGUCUACAGUUUAUUGUAUGUAGAGCACAAAGGCUGGUACUCAUGGGUACUCAGCAUGCUCUAUGGCUUCUUGUUAACCUUUGGUUUCAUUACAAUGACGCCGCAGCUAUUCAUCAACUACAAAAUGAAGUCUGUGGCCCACCUCCCAUGGAGGAUGCUCACCUACAAGGCUCUCAAUACUUUUAUUGAUGACCUGUUUGCCUUUGUCAUCAAGAUGCCCAUGAUGUACAGGAUAGGAUGCCUCAGAGAUGACGUGGUGUUCUUCAUCUAUCUUUACCAGCGCUGGAUCUAUCGGGUGGAUCCCAACAGGGUCAACGAGUUUGGCACCAGCGGAGUGGACCACAUCCCGAACAACACGGCAGCGGCAGACGCUGCUCCUGCCGCAGCUGCCGCCAUCACAGACAAACCACAGGAGGAGAAAAAGAACGAUUAAAGCAAGACCCAUCCUUAUCUGCCUCACUGGCCCUCGCUGCUGGGGCGAAAGAGGACUUGUGGAAAUUUAGGCAGGGAGGGGAGUCGUCGUUUAGCUGUCAUGAACGCCACAACAAAAAAAAUGCAGUUCAACUGUUCCCUCUGAUUUCUGUGUGGAUCCACAGAGAAUCAUAUUCAGUGUAGACUUGGUAAAUUCUUAUUUCUGUUCCCCGCCCUCUCGUUUUGCAGUUCAAGUGAAGUUAAACAAAACGUGAUGUACUGUAUUCUGUAUGAUUUUUCGGAGGGUAACAAUGUCUUGGAGUAGAGGUCGGGAGGGGAACGGGUCGCAGUUAUACUACAUUUUUUUUAUACAGGGAAAAAAGAGGCUACGUGCAGCUUUUUUUUCUUUGUGUAGAUUCCUUGUGAAUUUUUCUUUUCAUUCCAUGUGAGCACCGUGUUUCGGAUUGCCUGGAAACUGGUGAGUAGUGCUGGAGGAAACUGGAAAGAUCCUGAGCCACGAAGGGGGUUGAAAAAAAAAAAGAGAGGUGGUGACUGGAGACGAGACGGACGACCUUACGGGACACUACCCACAAGACAGUGACUACUACCCUCAAUUUUAAACAAAUGGUUAAUGUUCUGAACUUGAACAUAAAAAAUAACAGCCUUGUUGGUAUUAAUAUAAAUAUAUUAAUAUUGUCAAUUACUUAUUUUUUGUUUUUCAGUCACUGAAGCAUUUUUUUUGUAUGUCCUCGAACUGUACAGAAUCUCAGCUUGUCAUGAUAAUAAUACCGAUGUCAGAUCUGUCUAGCAAUAGCUAAUUUGCAAGUCUAAUUUUAAUUUUACCCCCUCAGCCGGGCGUCUGAUUUUCAAAUUGUUUCACGUUCAUGCUCCAAACCAGAUCACCUCGACAGACGUGGGGGAGACAGUCAGGUGUGUGCUGGAAGAAUUACAGCGUCUCUUGUUUUAAAUUUGAGUCCUGUAAAUCCUGAAACAAAGAUGGUUCCAUGUUGGUACAUAUUAAAUUUUGAUUCAUUCAUGUUUAUAGUAAAACUUAAGUGUGAUUUAAAA